CCCGUUUUGUCUGCCCCUCAACAAGAAAAAAACCUAUAAAAAAAUUAUCGCAUUUUUAGCAUAGCGAAAGCUAUCUUAACAUCCUCGCUGCAUAUGCCGAAACGUGCAUGCUUGUCGCCGAGGCAGACAGGCAGAUUAAAGUGUACAGAAUGCGUGUCAAUGUGUUGAAAACAAGAAACGCUUUCUAAGUGCGUCUGAAAAAAUCAAUCAGUUUGUGCUGCUGUCGCAGCCGCUGCCGCUGCAAGGGGCGGGCGGGCCACAACAACAACAAAAAUGAGCAGCAGUGCCGCCGCUGCCGCCCAGCUGACUGCGUCGCCAGUUAGCAAGAGCAGCAGCAACAACAAUACAACAACAGCAGCAGCAAGUGAAAGUAAUCUAAUCAUCAUACAGGAUAUGAUUGAUCUCUCUGCCAACCAUCUGGACGACCUGCGCACACAGUGCGCUACGAGCGCAACGCUGACGCAACAACAGAUUCGAGGCCUGGAGUCCAAACUGGUGCGCUACUUCUCCGAGCUGCUGUUGACCAAGUCGCGGCUGAACGAGCGCAUUCCGGCCAACGGUCUACUGCCUCAUCAUCAGGCAACUGGGAACGAGUUGCGUCAAUGGUUGCGUGUUGUCGGGCUCAGCCAGGAGUCGCUGAAUGUGUGUUUGGGGCGGCUGAAGACGCUGGAGCAAACGUUGCAGUUGAGCGACGAUGAACUAAAGCAAUUGCUUGCCCACAAUACGAGCAGCAGCCAGCUGGACGAAGAGCUGCGCCGUCUGACCAAAGCGAUGCACAAUCUCCGCAAAUGCAUGGAAAAGCUGGAGAGCAACAAUAGCGCCGUUGCAUCCAAUGCUGAUCCGGACCAAUGGCACUGGGACUCGUGGGAUCGACCGCAUCCGCAGCCGCAUCACACACAUCGCGGCAGCAUUGGCAACAUUGGCCUGGGCCUCAGUCUGAACAAUGCCUCGCCACGCGCCCAUCAUCGUCAUCAUCACCAGCAUCAGCAUCCACAUGGGAACGGUAAGCCCAAAGCUGGCAGCAGCUCCGCGUCAAGCUCACGCAGCGAACAGCACCCGCAAUCGCAACAACAACAACUGACCAGCUCACAGAUGACUCUGACACUGACACCCUCGCCACCAAAUUCACCCUUUACGCCAGCCUCUGGGACGGGCGGCUCCUUGAGUGGAACGCCACAGCGCAGUCGGAGCACAACAACAGCGGCGGGCACACCACCGCCCGCUAAGAAGCAUCAGACGCUGCUGAUGCACAACAGCAGCAGCGCCUCGGACACAGCUGUGGCGGAUCAACCACCGAGGCCACCACGUAGCCGGCUGCCCACAGAUCCUAGUCCGGAUAGCCAUAGCUCCGCGAGUAGCUCGGACAUAUUUGUGGACGCUUGCGGCAGCAGCAGCAAUGUGCUGCUAGUGCCGCCAUCGCCGGUUGUGGCGCAUGUGGGCAUGGGUCACACCAUUAAGCAUCGCUUCAACAAUUGGUAUGGCUUCAUGACCACGUGCAAACUGUGCCAAAAGCAGAUGUUGAGACAUGGACUCAAGUGCACCGACUGCAAAUACACCUGCCACAAGUCGUGUGCACAGCAUGUGCCCCCAUCCUGUGGUCUGCCACCCGAAUAUGUGUACGAAUUCCGGCAGACACAGGUGGGCGGUCGAUGGGAUCCGUCGGCGCAGCACAGCAGCAGCAGCAGCAAAGCAUCGCCGGUGCCCCGAAAGAGUACGCUGGGCAGCAAACCGCAAUUGCAGCAGCCACAUCAGCUGCAUCAUGGCGACAGCAGUUCACCCAGCUCCAGCUGCACCAGCUCAACGCCCAGCAGUCCAGCAUUGUUCCAACACCAGCAGCAGCAACAACAGCAGUUGGCUACACCCAACGCCUGUCAGCCAAAGCCCCCACAGCAACAGAAUCCGCAGAGUCAGUUCAACUUUCCAAAUGUAACCAUUACUUGCAACAGCAAUGCAAGUGCGGCUCAAACGCUAAUCAUAUCGAAUGAGACAACGUUGAGCAGCAGUAGCAGCACAGCAACAACGGAAACGCUGACCAAUGGCAACAACAACAGCGGCAUUAACAAUAGCAAUAACUGCAGCAACAACAGCUGCUACAACAGCAGCGGCAGCAACAACAGCGGCAACUACCAUAACAACAACAGCAGCGGCAACAGCAGCAGCAGCAUCAUCAUGAGCAGCAGCUGUGGCAGCAACAACAGCUCGAAUGGCCAUUCCGCGCUAAUUGGCAGCCAAAUGUCGACGCAUUCGAUCAGCUCCUCCUCGCAGACAUCCUCGUCGCAGGUGAGCAGCAGCAGCAGCGCCACUUAUACGGCGAGUCUGGUCAACAGUGGCAGUUUCUUUCCGCGCAAGUUGAGCAAUGCCGGAGUGGACAAACGGACACCGUUCACCAGUGAAUAUACGGACACACACAAGUCGAAUGAUAGCGAUAAGACCGUUUCGUUAUCGGGUAGUGCCAGCACGGACUCGGAUCGUACGCCCGUCCGUUUGGAUUCGACGGAGGAUGGGGAUUCGGGUCAGUGGCGACAGAACUCCAUAUCGCUCAAGGAAUGGGAUAUACCCUAUGGCGAUUUGCAUUUGAUGGAGCGUAUCGGUCAGGGUCGCUUUGGCACCGUGCAUCGCGCCCUGUGGCAUGGCGAUGUGGCUGUUAAGCUGCUCAACGAGGACUAUCUGCAGGAUGAGCAUAUGCUGGAGUCGUUUCGCAAUGAGGUGGCCAAUUUCAAGAAGACACGUCACGAGAAUCUGGUCCUCUUCAUGGGCGCCUGCAUGAAUCCGCCGUAUUUGGCGAUUGUUACUUCGCUGUGCAAAGGCAACACUCUGUAUACAUAUAUACAUCAGCGAAGGGAGAAGUUUGCGAUGAAUCGGACGCUGCUGAUUGCCCAGCAGAUUGCGCAGGGCAUGGGGUAUUUGCAUGCGCGGGAUAUCAUACACAAGGACCUGCGCACCAAGAACAUCUUCAUCGAGAACGGCAAGGUGAUCAUAACGGACUUUGGCCUCUUCAGCUCCACAAAGCUACUGUACUGUGAUAUGGGCCUGGGCGUACCACAAAAUUGGCUCUGCUAUUUGGCACCAGAACUGAUACGUGCCCUGCAGCCACGAAAGCCGCCCGGUGAGUGUCUGGAGUUUACACCUUACUCGGAUGUGUACUCCUUUGGCACCGUUUGGUACGAGCUCAUUUGCGGCGAAUUCACGUUCAAGGAUCAGCCAGCGGAGUCGAUCAUUUGGCAGGUGGGACGCGGCAUGAAACAAUCGCUGGCCAAUCUACAAUCUGGUCGCGAUGUCAAGGAUCUGCUAAUGCUCUGCUGGACCUACAAAAAGGAGGAUCGGCCAGAUUUUGCACGCUUGCUCUCCCUGUUGGAGCAUUUGCCAAAGAAACGUUUGGCUCGCAGUCCCUCGCAUCCUGUUAAUCUCUCGCGUUCCGCAGAGUCUGUGUUCUAACCAACCAUUAUACAGAACAGCAACAAGAAUAAGAAGAAUAACAACAGACUACUCUUUGUAUUGUUUGUAAGCAGAGCAGCAAGCACCACACACACACACACAAACACACACACAGUUUCUAAUUAGCACAAUUCCAUGUUAUAUAUGUCAAAUGUAAGCUAUACUCUCUCUGUAACUGUAAUUGUUGUGUAAUAUUGCGUGCAAAAAUGUCAAAUUGUCAUUAUAUGUAUUGUGUAUGUGGAGAGAGAGAGAGAGAGAGCAAAGCUCGCUUCCUCAGCAGGCUCUCGAAAGGACUCUCAAAUAGAAAACUAACGGAAACUGUAAAUAUAUAGUACAUUUAAAGCAAGAGAAACGAGAAACUAUAUACAUAUAUA